AUGGCAACUGUAUGGAGUCAUGCGGCCCCAAGUGGAGCUCGCCAUAUGCUGCUACUACAUUACAUUGGAUCAUUCAAGUUGUCUACAUUAUCGUGGAUGUCAUGGAGUCAAAGCGCCAUAGAACGAUACGUUGCUGGCACCAUCAGACUGGUUGAUCUGCUAGGUUACGUUCUCGUGGAUCUGGCAGCCUGA